CAUUUCCACUCAUUUAUUAAACUCUUGUAUACAUCUACAGUUCGAACACACACAAACUUCUAAAGUGUAUGUGUUUCUUUGCUUAACUUCUACUCUAUAAGCUCAGAUCUUCCAAUUGGGGUAUAUUAUAUACACAGAAUUUGCGUUUGUACAUGAUCGGAUCUUGAGCAGAGCGCAUGUGAAUGUGGAAUGGGUCAUCUGAGUAUACAUUCGUCGAAGCGGAAGCAGCGGCGGUGGCAGCUGCUGGACUUGGUGUCGGCGGCGAUAUUCGCCGCCGUCUUUGUUUUCUUCCUCCUCCUCUUCACGCCGCUGGGGGACUCCCUCGCGGCGUCGGGGCGGCAGACGCUGCUCGGCUCAUCGGAGGGCGCGCAGCAGCGCAGGCGCCUCGCGGCGCUCAUCGAGGCGGGCCACGAGCCCGCCCCGAUCGAAGUCUGCUCGCCCGAUUUUUCCGACUUCCUGCCCUGCGAGGACCCUAGGACCAUCAAGGGCAGCCAUUGCCCCGUACAUGAAGACUCCCCGCUCUGCUUGAUUCCCCUGCCGGAGGGAUACCGACCUCCCGUUCAGUGGCCGGAGAGUUUGCACAAGAUAUGGCAUGAUAAUGUGCCUUAUAAUAAACUAGCCAGCAGGAAAGUCCACCGAGGAUUGAUGAAAAAAGAAGGUUCAUACAUUACCUUUACUGAUGGUGGCGCUAUGUUCCCGGAUGGAGCAAAGAAGUAUAUUGAGAAACUCAAGCAAUAUAUUCCCAUGGCUGGUGGAGUUCUGAGGACAGUUCUUGAUAUGGGAUCUGGGGUUGGGAGCUUUGGCGGUUUCCUACUUGCUGAAGACAUGCUGACCCUUUCUUUUGCUCCAAAAGAUUCGAGCAAACAACAAAUACAAUUUGCUUUAGAACGAGGAGUACCGGCGUUUGCUGCUACACUAGGGAAUUACAGACUUCCAUUUUCUGCUUUUUCAUUUGAUUUGGUGCAUUGUUAUCAAUGCUCGAUUCCUUUUACAGCACAUAAUGCAACAUACUUUGUUGAAGUUGAUCGGUUACUUCGACCAGGAGCCUACCUUGUCAUUUCUGGUCCUCCUGUACAGUGGGCUAAACAAGAUAAGGAGUGGGCGGAUCUCCAAGCUGUGGCCAGAUCGUUGUGUUAUGAGCUUAUUGCCGUGGAUGGUAACACUGCCAUCUGGAAGAAGCCUAAUGGGGAUUCAUGUCUUCCAAACCAAAAUGAAUUUGGGCUUGAAUUGUGUGAUGACUCUGAUGAACCAAGUGUCGCAUGGUACAUCAAGCUGAAAAAAUGUGUCAGCAAGACAUCUUCUGUGAAAGGAAAUUAUGCUAUUGGGAAAAUUCCAAUAUGGCCGAAGAGGCUGACAAAAGCUUCUUCAAGGGCCACUGCAUUAAAAUAUGGAUUGGAUGUUUUUGAAGCUGACAAUAGAAGAUGGGCAAGGAGAGUGGCAUACUAUAAGAACACAUUGAACUUGAAACUAGGAACUCCAGCCAUACGAAAUGUCAUGGACAUGAAUGCGUUUUUGGGAGGCUUUGCUGCAGCAUUAUCUUCAGAUCCUGUUUGGGUGAUGAAUGUAAUUCCUGCUCGUAAGACUUUGACACUUGAUGUCAUCUAUGAUAGAGGCCUUAUCGGGGUUUACCAUAAUUGGUGUGAACCUUUCUCUACUUACCCUCGGAGUUAUGAUCUAAUUCAUGUAUCUGCUAUUCAAUCUCUUACAAAGGAUCCUAGUUCUGGCAAGAUCAGGUGUAACCUUGUUGAUUUGAUGGUGGAGAUCGAUAGAAUGUUACGGCCACAAGGAACUGUUGUGAUUCGGGAUUCACCCCAAGUGAUAGAAAGAGUAGAACGAAUUGCCCGAGUUGUAAGAUGGGGAGCAAGCGUUCAUGAGGACGAGCCCGGGUCACAUGGAACUGAGAAAAUCCUGGUAGCGACAAAGAAGCUCUGGACGCCAUCUUCCAUAUCCAGCUGACAUGUACCGUUUCUUCCUUUCUGCUUCGGAUUGUUCCCUACCCAUGGAAGUCUCGAAAACAUGUUCAACCCAAUUCUUUUUUGUUGUUCCAUUUUAACUUACUCAAACCUAAAUGAUAUAGAAUGAAGGUGAAGUGUACAAAUACAGAAAUACCUUUGUAAUUCAUAUUAGUAUAUCCUUAUAAAAGCAUUGUCACAGUAGACAAUAGCAAAUGCACCAUUUCUCUAUUCCUCCAUUAAGCUCAUGUUAAUGUUAAUCUUUUCUGUAUCUUCCAAUUUUAUUACAUACCUUAGAAGGGACAUGCAUACCAACAAUAAUGCACCGUUUCUUGAUUUGUC